AUGCCGAUUGACACCUUAUCCCUCGCUGGCAAGAUCGCCAUCGUGACCGGUUCUGGCCGUGAGAAUGGAAUUGGUGCCGGCAUCGCCAGAGCUUUAGCUCGCAACGGAGCAGCAGUCACAAUCAACUACGUGUCCGACUCUGUCACAAAGCGGGCCCAAGCUCUUGCUGAUAGCAUCACGGCUGACGGGGGUCGAGCAACCGUCGUCCGGGCUUCCGUUGAAACCCCCGAAGGAGCCAAAUCAAUCGUCCAGGAGACUCUUAAAGCCUUUGGAACAGACAAGAUUGACAUAUUGGUCAACAACGCCGGAACUGGAUUUCUUGGCGGCACCGUCGAUGCCACGCCUGAAGAGAUCUCCAAGACGUUUGAUCUCAACGUCAAGGGUACUAUUUUCGUCACGCAGGCCACCAUUCCUCACAUGCCCCCAGGCGGCCGCAUUAUCAACAUCUCCUCUACGGAUUCGAGGCUCGGCCCGGACGACUUGGCCAUAUACGGAGCCUCUAAGGCCGCCGUUGAUUCCUUGACAUGGUCCAAGGGUAUUACCGUCAACGCCGUGACGCCCGGUCCUGUCGUCACCGACAUUGCACCUCCAGAAAUAGCCGAGCUGAUCCGGAAACCCCAGCGGGAGAUCACAAGGGCAGCCUACAGGAAUGGCACCAUCGAGGAUAUUGGCGAUGCGGUCCUUCUCCUAGUGUCUGAAAAGGCGCGAUGGAUUACCGGACAGUACAUUUCGGUUAGCGGGGGCGUCACUGGGCUCUAA